CGAGCAGGAGGCGGAAAACUGAAACAAAUCUUUUCACCAAACAAACUCUUGUUGAUUUGUAUUCGAUUUUUAGGGCUUGUAUUCUUUGUUUUGAAGAAGAUUUUUAGGGCUUUGUAUUCUUUCAACUUUCUAGUUUCAAAUCGUAUAAAUGGAUCCAUCAAAUCACCCUUCCGACACCGAAAUGUCCGAGGCGGCUGCGGCCCCUCCUCCGUCGCAGCAGCCCUUGACCGGAAUCGACAACAUCCCGGCGACCCUCAGCCAUGGCGGUCGUUUCAUCCAGUAUAACAUCUUUGGCAACAUCUUCGAAGUUACUGCCAAGUAUAAACCCCCAAUCAUGCCCAUCGGCAAAGGCGCUUACGGCAUAGUCUGUUCGGCUUUAAAUUCGGAGACGAAUGAGCAUGUUGCGAUUAAGAAGAUUGCCAACGCCUUCGAUAAUAAGAUCGAUGCGAAGAGGACACUGCGAGAAAUCAAGCUUCUCCGUCAUAUGGAUCAUGAAAACGUUGUUGCAAUUAGAGAUAUAAUCCCACCUCCAGAAAGAACAUCCUUCAAUGAUGUCUACAUUGCUUAUGAGCUCAUGGACACUGAUCUCCACCAAAUAAUCCGUUCUAACCAAUCUUUAUCAGAGGAACAUUGCCAGUAUUUUCUGUAUCAAAUCCUUCGUGGGUUAAAGUACAUACACUCUGCAAAUGUGUUACACAGGGAUUUAAAGCCAAGCAAUCUUUUAUUGAAUGCAAAUUGUGAUUUAAAAAUAUGUGAUUUUGGAUUAGCACGUGUCACAUCUGAAACCGAUUUCAUGACAGAAUAUGUUGUGACAAGAUGGUAUAGAGCUCCUGAGCUUUUGUUGAAUUCAUCUGAUUAUACUGCUGCCAUUGAUGUGUGGUCUGUUGGCUGCAUAUUCAUGGAACUCAUGGAUAGGAAGCCAUUGUUUCCUGGUAGAGAUCAUGUUCAUCAGCUUCGGUUGCUAAUGGAGCUUAUUGGAACACCAUCAGAAGCUGAAUUAGGGUUUCUGAAUGAAAAUGCAAAAAGAUACAUUCGACAAUUGUCUCAUUAUCAAAGACAAUCAUUCAAUGAAAAGUUUCCUCAAGUUCAUCCUGCAGCCAUUGACCUUAUUGAAAAGAUGUUGACUUUUGAUCCUAGACAAAGAAUUACAGUUGAAGAUGCAUUGGCGCAUCCUUAUCUGACAUCACUGCAUGACAUCAGCGAUGAGCCAGUGUGCUUGACGCCUUUCAACUUUGACUUUGAGCAUCAUGCACCCACCGAGGAACAAAUGAAGGAGAUGAUUUACAGGGAAGCUCUUGCCUUUAAUCCAGAAUACCAACAGAUGCUGUGAUGACAGAGGAAUUGAAACAAACGGAAUGGAAUCACCGAUUCCAGUUGGUUGGUUGGUUGGUACUUGUUUGUUUGUUGUGUGGUUUUUUUACCCUUUUUCGUUUUUAUUAGUAGUGUGUUGUUAAUGGUAAAAUGGUAAAAUUGUGUUUUGUUAAAUGAUUUCAUAAUUGUGUUUGUUUGUUUGUUUGUUGUAUAUAAAAAAAAAAUAUGGGAAGUUGGAUCGGUUGGUUAGGGCCAUAAUUUGGCUACCAAAAUAACAUUUAGAUCUUGUGUC